ACAGUAGACACCUUUACCAGAUGACAGAUUGAUAAAUGCGAUAAACAUUAAACCGCCAAAAUAAAUUCAACAAAAAAUAAACAAUAAAGAAAAGAAAUUCAAUUAACAUCAAUUAAAAUGGAUUUAUUCAGUGAUGUUGAUCCAACAUUUUUUGUUGAUGGAAGAUUUAAAACAUACAAUUAUUGGCCAUUUGACGAUGACAAACCAUGUAACAAACGUGCAAUGGCUGAAGCUGGAUUUAUAUCAGUUGGUAAUGGCAUUGAGGCUGAUCAUGUUGAAUGUUUUAUUUGCUCAAAACAGCUAGAUGGCUGGGAAGAAGAUGAUGAUCCAUGGGAAGAACACAAAAAACAUCAAGCAAAUUGUCCAUUUAUUUUAUUGGGUAAAAAAGAUGAAUUAACAUUAAAAAUUGAAGAAAUGUAUGCUUUACUCAAAAUUUAUUAUCUCAAAGAAUUGAAUAAAAAAAAAGAUGAAAUACUUAAAAGUGUUGAAAAGGAAAUUACUGCACAGGGUAAAUUAAUACCAAAGGUUUAUGCUAAAUCAAAAGCAAUUAAAAGAAAACAAUAAUUAAUUAUUUUUAUAUUUUUCACAUAAUUUUCUACAACUUUUUGAUUAACACAUUUUUAUAAUUAUUAUUUUUUAUCAAUUGUAUGCCUUAAAUUAUAUUAAAGUAAUAGUUAUU